AUGGAGUCGGGCGGCGCAUCACCGUUUCCGGCGUCGAGGACAGCCACCCCGUCCGGGACGUCAAACCUGAACCCCAAUUCCCAGCCCAACAAGAAGGUCAAGAUAUGCGUCUACUGCGGCUCCGCAGGUGGCAAGAGCCCAGAGCACAUUGAGGCGGCGCGGCAGCUGGGCACGUUGAUGGCCGAGAACGGCAUCUCAUUAGUCUACGGUGGCGGCACGGUCGGCCUCAUGGGCGAGGUGGCCAAGACCAUUGUCUCGAUCGCCGGGCCGGACGCCGUGCACGGCAUCAUCCCCGAGGCGCUCGUUAAGUACGAGCGGGACUCGACGUACGCGGGCAAGGCGGACGCGAACGGGUACUACGUACCCGAGGCCGACGUCUACGGGCGGACGACGGUGGUGCCGGACAUGCACACGCGCAAGAAGAUGAUGGCGCAGGAGGUGCUGGACGGCGCGCCGGGGAGCGGCUUCAUCGCGCUGAGCGGCGGCUACGGCACCAUGGAGGAGCUGCUCGAGACGGCGACGUGGAACCAGCUGGGCAUCCACAACAAGGGCGUCUGCAUCCUCAACGUCAGCGGCUUCUACGACGGGCUGCUGCAGUGGGUCAAGAAGUCGGUCGAGGAGGGCUUCGUCAAGGCGGCCAACGCCGACAUCCUGGUGACGGCCACGACGGCCGAGGGCGCCAUCCAGGCGCUGCGGGAUUACAAGGUUUCAGAGGCUAGAUAUAACCUGACGUGGGAGACCGAGUAA